UGAAUCGCUUUUCAAAUUUAACGGCCACAGCGUAGCAAUUAUCGAAAUGCUGAACGGCGCCUAGUGUUGCGAAAUUCCCUCAGUCGGCACAUGUCAAAUCCAGCGUCCCCGCGUCAUCGUUUUUGUUAGAUUUUUGUUCGUAGAAAUUGCCAAUAGUGCAAAUUUCAAUUGCUUGUGUUAAAUAAUCCGCCGCAGCACAAUGGAUGAGAAUACAGAGAACACAGAGGGAGUGCGAGUUACCCGUGCACGCACACGCCGCCUGUCUGUUCUGGACACCGACAGCCGCCCCGGAACACCGCUGCUGGACACGGCAUCCGAUCGUGGCACGGCCUCCCCUCGACCCACACGCCGAACACGCUUGAACUCAGCCACAGAAUUGCUGCGUACUCCAACCCGAACCACGCGCGCAUCGGUGGUACGCGGUGAAACACCGGAGCCGACCACUCCUGCAUCGGUCAAACGCUCAGCGCGCACACCAGCUAAGUCGACCAGAGGUGUGCGCCAGCAGCAACAGCAGCCACUUAAAGAAGAGACAGUGGAGGAGCUCGAGCCCGAUAAUAAUGACAAACUACGAUCAAACCACUCCAGCCCCGCGACGGCGCAGGGCUCGCCAACAGACGAGAGACGCGUCACACGUUCGAUGUCGCAGACCCCUCCAGCUGCCUAUCGUUCAGCCAAUAACACGCCAGUGCCAGUGUGGGAACAGCAACUGCAACCUGAUGCCGCCAGCCUUUCCGUCGAAGAACAGACGGCCAACAAAAAUAAACAAUUGAGCUCCAGCCGAUCGAAGCUGGCAGUUAGGGUCGAGAAUCUUUCGGUGAUAGAUAAGGAUAUAUCAGUGAUGGCGGAAACUCUCCAGAAAUCGCUAGAAUCAGUGGCUGCAGAAAGACCUUCGAUGGAGGUGGCGGUGAAGCAGGAAACUAACAGCAGCUCUCCGCACAAAAUGGAAGCACAGGUUGAGUCACUUGCUGUGGAAAUGUCCAAAGCAGAAGACAAGCAAAUGGCAGAGAAAAACGAAGCACAGGUUGAGUCACUUGCUGUGGAAAUGUCCAAUGCAGAAGACAAGCAAAUGGCAGAGAAAAUGGAAGCGGAGGCUAAGACUAAAACUCCAACUAAGAGUCCCGAGCGACGUGAAACAAUCGAUUUAUUGGAGAAAGUGGACAAAGAUAUAGACGUAAUCAAAAUUCCAGCUGACCUGCUCGAGAGUGGAGAUGGAGAUCAAGAAAAAGAGACAGAGGCUGAGGAUGAUGUCGAGCAGAAAAACAUCAAGAAUGCGGCAUCCAAAUCAAUUACUGAGGACGAAGUUUUUGAAUCUCCAGCCUCUCCAGAUCCAGAACCACAACCAUUAAGUAUCAGCACUUCAGCCCUCAAGCAGUUGGCCAUGGAAGAUGAGCAGCGAGAGGAAGUGCAGUCGCCCGAUUUGGAGACAAUGGAAAAGAACAACAAUUUGGACUUCAAGGAUAUGGCCAUGGAAGUGGAUGAAGAUCCUGAAAUUCCAUUUAAAGACACAGAGCCAAUCGAUUUGCCAAAUAAAUCUUUAGGCUCCGCCUCAGCUGUGAUUAGUGAUGAGGACCAAGAUGAGGGCCAAGAGGAGAAGCUACUGGAAAGCCGCCAUCCAAGCACCGGAAUGAAGGUCAUUGACAACGUUCGGCUGUCAGAUCUGACGCCUGGCAUCAAGGCGCGGCUGGUGACGACGGCCAGCGUAGAUUCCAAAAAGUCGGUGUGCUUCGAAAACGGAGCGGAGGCCGCGGAAGACGAUAAGGUUAAGUUCCCCAAGACUCCGUCACGUUGCAAGAAUCCAUCGGCCUUCUCGUUGGAGAAAUCGCUAAUGUUGGCCAAGGCGGGUACUCAGCCUAUGAAGCCAAUGACAGACACCCUUCUGAUGGCAGCAGAUACUUCUCUGAAGGAGCACACUCCUCUGAAGGCUGAUACUCCUCUGAAGUCAGAUACUCCUCUGAAGGCGGAAACUCCUCUGAAGGCGGCCUCUUUAAAAGCACGCAACAGUUCCACACCCAUAACGAAGGACGAUCGAGAGGCAUCCAUUACCAUGUUGAAGCCGGCUCCGGCUCGAAUUGAUUGCCUUAAGUCAUGGGACCAGGUGGAGGCCGAACGCAGAGAGGAAGAAUUAAAGGCAGAGGCCAAGGCCAAGCCAGAACCCAAGCCCCAGCCCGCCAAGAAUGUUUCCGGCGUACUGCGUCUGAACAGCGACGAUGAGGAUGAGGUUGAUGAUGAGUAUAAAUUCUUGUCCGAAUUUGUUGACAACGAAGUGGAGGUUGCGCCUGAUGAUUACAACUCGGGUGACUCCAUGGAGAGCUCGGAGCGACGUGAGAUCGCGGACAAUGAGAUUAUCGAAGAAGGCGAAUCCGUGGGCAGCCAAGACACCGAUGUGUCCUUCGAGGAUGAGUCCAUUGGCAAUGAUUCCUUUAUUGUGUCGGAUACAUCUGACGUUGUAGAGCUUCGUUACUCCUCCAAUGAGCUCGAGGAUGGAGAGGAUGAUGAGUACCGCGAGGAGAUUUCGCCCAGGGGCAAGAAACCUCGUUCCCGCAUCAUAAUUAUGGACUCCACCGAUGAGGAUGAGCAACAAAAACACGAGACAGAAAAGGAGAAGACGGAGAAGCAGGAGCCCAAGGAAGCGGAAGAGAAGCUGCGGGAGACGCCAAAGAAUCGAAGCGACUGCUCUUCCAAUGCCAGCAAACUGAGCGAAGCUGCCCAGAUCCUAAUUGGCAGCCAGGAGCAUUACUCCACCUCUGAAACGGAGCUCGAGAACUCGCGCAAGCUCUUCCUUAACGAGAUCAACAAGUCGGAGUGCUUCAACAAGACCGCUCCACGCCUGGACAUGACUGCCAUGGAAGUGAACUCCACAGACGAUGAGCAAUCGGGCAACGAGGAGGAUCCGAAAGCAGUCACAGGCAACAAGAGCGUCUAUGAAGUACUAGACUCCGACGAGGACGAUGGGGAAGACGCUGAUGAAGAGGAAAACGAGACAGUCUCGUCUUCACACAACAAAUCCUCAUCCUUUGUGCGCCAAAAUAAGCAAAAGGCCAACGAUGAAGAGGCCCUCUUGGCCGAACUGGCCUCCGGCGAUCUGACACAUCUGAAAACCAUGUUCAAUCCGCUCCAGAAGUCGCGUCGCCAAUCGCUGUACAUGCCCAGCCCGGAGAUGGCCGCCAAGGAACCCAAGCUACAGCGUCGCAGUGAACGGGGCACGGUCAACGACUUCUGCCCCUCUCAGUCCUUUGUCGAAAUGGUGGCCGAGCGCAAGAGUCAUCAGGGAAAGCGCAAGCGCUUGUCCAAGAGUUUUUCAGGCGCGGCCGAGGAAUUCGAGUCCAUGGAAGUUCGUCAAGAGAACAAACGUCGCAAAAACACGCAUAAUGAGUCAUCGGAAUCAAUGGAGGAGGAGAACUUGCAAGCCACAGACCCGGCCAAUGUGCCUGACAUAACCCAAGACGAAUCCCAAUCCCCCAAGAACCAGAAAGAACAGUCGGAGGGGCAACAGCAACAGCCCAAAAAUCCAGAGAAGGAUGAGAAACUCUCUGCUGGCAAUAUGCCUGCCACUGCCACCGAGGACUCACCAAAAGAGGAGCCAGAACCGGCCAUGACAGCGGAGCAAUCGAAGAAGGAAGCAGAGAAGGCUCAGCCCAUGGGAAAAUGGUCGAAGAAUGCUGAACACUACAUGGAGUUCUGCGACUCAAUCCUACAGAAAGCCAACGAGGCCAAGCUGGAGCAAAAGAAACAGCUAAUUGCAUCGGGCAAGAAGCAUAAACCGAAACGAGCUGUUUCGGAGGCUGUUCUCAAAUCGGUUGACAACCAGACAACCGUUGCCACAGCCUGCUCCAGCGCCGCCCCCAAACCAAUGCCACCCAAGAAGGAUGUGAAGCGUCUGCAGGCAGCCCGCCACGCAGUCAGUCACGCCGUGAACUUGUUGGCCCCGAAGCUAGCGGCCAGCAAAGAGCCGCGCUCGUUGGUCCGCAAACUGUCACCGCAGCCACCGAUGGAAGCUAAAAAAAAGGCAAAGUCGAUAAAAAAGCAGAAGAAGACGACGGCCCUGCCGAAGCCGCUGCUGGUGUCGCCAGUUAAAAGCUCCGAUGAGGAGAACCACCACAAGUCUGCUGACGUGAAUCGCAUCAAAACCACCGCUGGCUACGUGACCGUUACCAUGGAUGAUGCUCCAGAGCCGCGCAUCGAGCUGGUUAAGACACGCUCGGGCAUUAUGCGCGUGGAGCCCGCAACUCCUAAGCAGAAGUAUUUCCGCGAGGAACCGGACUCGCCGCCGCACCCCAAAUUCCGCGUGCAGCGCGUCCCAGCCGGCUCUCACAAGAAGUCCAAGCACCAGCAGCACCAGCAGCACCAGCAGCAGCUGAAAGAAGGCGGAAAGGUGGCCACCACGCAGAAUCCUGCCAUGUUGUCGGCGCUGCGCUUUAAGGAACAGGUUUUCGCUCGCAAAUAGGUGGCUCAAAUUGGAUCGGAUCCUCGUGCAUCAUUCACAUUAGAUAUAAACACUAGACAUUAGUAGUAUUAGUGGGAAGGCGGCAGGGCGUGAAGGAAAAUGCAAAUUCUGCAGGGUACAUUUUUUUUUUCUUUAAAAAAAAUUUUUUUGUUCUAUUUUGGAAUUUAUUUUUUUUCUGAUUUGAAGUUCUAAUGCAAUUGGAUUGGAUGUUAUCUUUGCUUCGUUUUUGCAUCUUUUUUGCGGAAGUACCUCUGCCCCCUUGCACCCUGCCAUUCAACAAAAUACCUCUGUAUUAAUUUCCAUCUGCCACAAAUACAUAAUUAUACGCCUGUUAAACAU